AACUGCCACUGUCCACCGGGAGCAGAGAGCACUGCUCCUCAGCUCCCCACGUGUUUGUGAAGAUAUACAGUUAAAGGAAAACAAUAAUGAGGGCCAGUCUGGCAACUCUGAUAACAUGUCUGCUGUUAUUUUCAACUUCCUCUUCCACACUAGCCAAACCUCUCAGCUCCACAACUAUGGCUUCAACUACUGGACCUGCAGCCACUGGAAAUAGCCCCAACACUGACGCUAGCACGUCAGUCACAACAGUUUCAUCGUCUAUUUCUCCAUUCCCAUCAUCCACUGAUACCACAAGUCUCCCAACUGUAGGGACCGCAGCUCAGACAGGAGAUACCGGACCGACCAUCGCACCCACCAGCACCAUCCAAACAAGUGGCUACAGUGAUGCCACUCAAACCAUCAACACAAUCAUUAACACACAAACUACUUCUAGUAACAUCAGCACAACCACCCAACACACAAACAGCUCAAAUAGUACUACCAGCAUCUUAACGACCGGUACCGACCAAACUGACCAAACAACCACCGCAGUCAGUCAGACCCAAACUACCACUAGUACCAUCAUCAGCUCCACCAUCAGUUCCACUGCCCAACAACCAGGCAGCUCACCCAGUACUACGAGUGGCAGCACCACCACUUCUGGCAAAACCACCACUUCUGGCACCACCACCACUUCUGGCAAAACCACCACUUCUGGCAAAACCACCACUUCUGGCAAAACCACCACUUCUGGCAAAACCACCACUUCUGGCACCACCACCACUUCUGGCAAAACCACCACUUCUGGCACCACCACCACUUCUGGCAAAACCACCACUUCUGGCACCACCACCACUUCUGGCACCACCACUACUUCUGGCAAAACCACCACUUCUGGCAAAACCACCACUUCUGGCAAAACCACCACUUCUGGCAAAACCACCACUUCUGGCACCACCACCACUUCUGGCAAAACCACCACUUCUGGCAAAACCACCACUUCUGGCAAAACCACCACUUCUGGCACCACCACCACUUCUGGCACCACCACCGUCACACAGGAGAAACCCUCCGAGGCUCUAAGCUCAGGAAGUGUUGGAGCCAUUGUUUGUGUGUUCCUUCUAAUAGUUGUCAUUGUGUUAGGAGGACUGUACUAUUACAAGAUCAGACGGGUGACAUAUGGCCGUCUACUGGACAGCUCUGACUACAGCAUGGCGGGAAACUUCAACAACCCCAUGUAUGACCCCUGAUACUCUAAUCUCAAGAGAACACAGGACUCUGAGGACAGGGUCAUUCUGAACAGUGUGUAGACAGCAAGUGGGUGAAGAGUCCAUGCUGCUCAGAUUGUGGUAAACCUGCUAAAUAGCAAAAUUCAAAACAAAUCCUUGUGAUGGACUUUGCUCAAGUAUCUUUUUUAUGAAAUUGAAUAUUGCAGGUAUGACUUUUUAAAUUUGCAGACAGCUCCAACUACACAGACUCAGGUUCACUAUGACGUUAUCAGGGGUAUUUUGGACUUAGAUCAAGUAAAUGUAUGACAUUGACAACUAUUGAAUUUUGUUGUGGCAACAACAAAACCAAAUGCAUACUUGAAGGAAAGCCCACAUCAGACACAUAAAAACAAAAAUCUCCAAAAGCCUUUCAAUUAUAAACAAAGUGAAACCACUACUUGAUUUAAAUGCACUCCGUACUUAUUACUGCUCCUUGGUACUCCCAUACUUCACGUAUUGUGUUGAAGUUUGGGGAAACAGUUACCAAUGCACAAUUAAUCCAUUAGUCACAUCACAGAAACGAGCAGUGCGAAUUAUUCACAAGGUUGGAUUUCUAGAACACACUCAUAUUUUGUUCAUUCAGUCAAAACUAUUAAAAUUCCAUGAUCUUGUAAAAUAUUAUACGUCAAUAAUCCUAUUUAAAGCAUUCAACAAAUUACUACCAAGUAACAUACAAGAGUUUUUCACAGUUCAAGAGAGAACUUAUAAUUUGAGAGGAUAUGGUGAUUUUAAAAUACCUAAAGUUCGAACUACUCGUAAAAGUUUUUGAGUGUCUGUAUGUGGUGUGAGACUUUGGAACAGGCUGGAUAUCCAACACAAGCAAUGCCAAAACAUUCACAGAUUUAAAUUGCUAUAUAAACACAUGGUCUGGUCAAAUUAUAAAGAGAACGGGUGGUAACACUACCGUAUGUUAAAUCAACUUCGGUCUUGAAAUGUUUGUGUAAUUGUUGUUCCUCAUUUAGUAAGUUUGUAUUGUUCAUUACCUUCUGGUACUGUUGUUCUGACCAUCACUGACGUGUAUGUAUGUACUAUAUGUCCAUGUCCAUUAUGUCCAUUACCUUCUGGUAUUGUUACUCUUACCAUUGCUGGUAUUUAUUCUAAACAAAGUUAACGGUUAACUAUAAAUAUUACUAUAUACAUUGUUCCUGGAUUUGCACGCAUUGUGGCCAUGAAAUGCAUCUGCAUUUCGUAGCCACAAUGUGUGUCAAUUUAGGUGAGGUAAACAGUAGAAAAAUGUUUUAUUAUAAUUUGAUAUAGGUCUUUUUUUUCAUUUUUUUGGUACAAAUGUUGAGACAGGAGGAAGCCUUAAAAAAAAUCUGUCAAGUUGUUAAUGAGAAACAGGGGUGGGAUUAAAUAAGUUUUCUUCUUCCCACUCCCUUUCGAGUGUUGACGAAUUAAUUUGUAUUUUGAACCUGCACCUGAUAAACCUGAUAAAAGGUAUUUGUUUAAUUUUAUUUUGCACGCAGAUAACUUAUGUUAUGUUUAUUGCUCGAAAUAAAUAAAUAUGAAAAUGAAAUGAAAAAAUAAACCUUUCAUAAUAUAGACUUUCUGGGAUUAAUUGCCAUUAUAUAUUGUUCAAGUGUCUAUCAGUUUGUGAAAACCAGACCUUUCAAUAAUCCAAAAUGUUAAAAAAAAAACUGUAAAAUUCACGUACAUAGGCUAUGCUAUUUUUAUUGUCAUGCCUCUUGUUUUUUCUUUUUUUUUAAGAUGUACAAAAUCAUUACAAGUACAUGGACUAACAUUAAUAACAUCAGUACUCAAAAUGAAAUGAAUGAUUAAAUAUAUAUCUGAACCAUGACAGUGGACAUUACAAAAGAGGAGGAAGGAGGGGCAGAUAGCCACCUUUGUCUUUAUUGUAGCUUUAUCCUCAUUCUCUUAGACUUUUUCUGUUGUUUGCUACCUAAUCUUUGUUCAGAUUUGUAGCCUAAAUCCUCUAUUUACUGUGUGCUCUGGUGAGUACCCUGUUCAACCUUCCACUCCACAUUCAGUUUUUCAUUUACCUUGUUAAAACAACCAGAUAAGGUACUAGAAUAGAAUAGACUUUAUUGUCAUUGUGCUCAAGCAACAAUGAGAUUGGUUGGGAUGUUCCGACCAAAGU